AUGGGUUACAACAUUGGAUUGAGACUUAUAGAGGAAUUUCUUGCAAAGACUGGAGCGCAACGGUGUCAAACUUUCAAAGAAACGGCAGAAAUGAUUUCAAAAGUUGGAUUUAAGAUAUUUUUAAACAUACAGCCAAUAGUGUCCAAUUGGACUGCCGACGGAAAGACAUUUUCAUUGAUAUUCCCCGAAAAUCCAUUAUCAGAAUUUGUAGAAUUGCCAAUAAAUAACAACCCUAACAGCUCUGAAGAAUUGUGGUACUCUCAAAUUUUAUGUGGGGUAUUGAGAGGUGCAUUACAGAUGGUGCAAUUGGACGUUGAGUGUUGGUUUGUAAAAGAUGUUUUGAGAGGAGAUGACGCGACUGAAAUGAGAUUGAAAUUGAAUAAGAUCUUGAAAGAUGAAGUUCCUGCCGGUGAGGAUUGA